UUGUCUACUGUGAUUAUGCAGCAUCAGGCAGAUCUUUGCAGUUCAUUGAGGACUACAUCAUGCGAGAAGUCCUCCCCUGCUAUGGAAACACACACACAACUACAAGUAUAACCUCUCUUCAGACCACACUUUACAGGCAUGAAGCAAGAGACAUUUUUCCGGAAUGCUGUGCAUGCUUCUGAACAUGAUGCAGUCAUAUUUGCAGGUUCAGGUUGCACUGGGGCAGUACACAAAUUAAUCCAUGCACUCAACUUGCCUGAGCCACCAGUUGUAUUUGUAGGGCCAUGCGAGCACCAUUCCAACCUGUUGCCUUGGAGGGAGAUUGGCUCAAAGAUCGUUCGAAUCAGAGAAACUAAAGAAGGCCACCUUGACCUUGUAGAUCUAGAACAGCAGUUGCAAGCGCACCAUGGUCUUGGGCCAAAGCUCAUUGGAUGCUUUUCUGCAGCAUCCAAUGUUACAGGUGUCCUUGCUGAUGAUAUCGCCACAACUCUUCUAUUACAUCAGUAUGGUGCUCUUGCAUUUUGGGAUUAUGCUUCUGCAGCUCCUUAUGUUAAACUUGACAUGAACCCCAUUUUGCCUGGUGUCGAUGAGACUGCCGUCCACAAAGAUGCUAUGUUCUUUUCUGUCCACAAAUUUGUUGGAGGUGUUCAGUCACCAGGUGUGCUGGUGGCUAAGAAAGUUCUUUUCAACAAUCCUGUACCUAAUGGCUGUGGAGGUGGCACAGUUUUCUUCGUAACUAGAGAUGGUCAUCGUUACUUACAGGAUACAGAGCUCAGAGAAGAAGGUGGCACAGCUGCUGUUGUAGAAUCAGUGCGAGCUGGCCUUUCCAUGCAGCUGAAGGAAGCAGUUGGGACGCAAGCUAUAAUGGCAAGGGAGCACAAAAUUACUAGGAUGGUGCUGGCCCACAUGCGAACAAUUCCAGAACUCAUUCUUCUUGGUCCUCGCUGCCAGUCUUCAAAAAGGCUGCCAAUAUUUUCAUUCAUGGUGAGACACCCAAGAGGUGUGUUCCUCCAUCACAACUUUGUAUGUACAGUUUUGAAUGAUGUCUUCGGUAUCCAAGCAAGAGGUGGAUGUGCAUGUGCUGGUCCAUAUGCUCAGGAUCUGCUAGGAAUUCCUGAAGAAUUAGCUCAGGAGUAUGAAGAAGUACUGCUUGAAGAUCGGCGACUUGACCGCACUCAUUUACGCCGCCAUGAAGAACACUCGAGCUUUGAAAUGUUGCGUCCUGGUUUUGCUCGUAUAUCAUUGCCAUUUUUUAUGGCCGAUCAAGAGGUGGCUUUUGUUUUGGAGGCUAUAAAAAUGGUUGCUACAGAAGGAUGGAAGCUUCUGCCUCAAUACAUACUAAACCCUGAGACGGGAGAAUGGAGACAUCAUACGAAUACGGUGUUUCGCGAGAGAAAAUGGCUUGGCCAUAUAAGAUACACUGAUGGCAAAAUGACUGUAAGUGAAAGACGUAUCUCCUGCCUCGGUACGUUCCCUCAGGACUAUGCUGACUGCCUCCAUACAGCUCGCAAUAUAUUCAACAAGGCUAGAAAGAUGGCUCAGAGGUACCCACUUGCUGAUCAGUGUGUGAUGUUUGAUGAACACACAGAAAAGUUGCGGUGGUUUAUGCUACCAAGUGAAGCACAGGACUUGCUACUGGGACACUCACGUCGGGUUAAGCACCACGUUCCAUUUGAACCAGCUAUAUAUGGAGGUUCCCGGGGGUCACCAGUGCCUCCCCCGGUUGCUGAAGAAUCAUCCCUUCCUCCUUCCCCUGAAGCACUUCCUCGUCAUGGGAGCCUUCCGUGCAUAGCUCCACGGCUGUCGGGUGGCCGCCCAAUCUCACCAGCAGUGCCAUCUCACAGGGGUGAACAUGGGCGAGCCAGGUGCUACAGUUUAGGCUCUGGUUCAAUACCUCCACCACUUAGCCCCGAGACUGCAGCAGUUCUGGGCUGCAUGGUAGGCCAGCGCUCCUGUGGCAGUCAGACUGACCUCACCGACAGGCCACCAUAUGUGGGCAGCCCGCUGCAUGUUGUAACUUCUACACCAGACAUGGUUGGUGCUCUAGGCUCCCCUCACAGUCCUGAGGACAUUCGUGCAUAUGUGCAGGAAGUAACGCAGUCUCUCGCCACCGAAAUAAAGUCGGAGAUUCGGGAAGUGAUAUCAAAAGUGGAUGUAUUACUGUCGGACAGUGAGGGAAAUGGCUACAGUUCUUCUUGUGACACUCCACCACCGACAAGGUCUUCAUCCUUGAAGCAGUCACAGCAGACGCCUCGAAAGGCUCCUGCAUCACCAACACCACAAACGCCUCCUCCACAACAACAGACACCAGUUCAGCAAUUACCGGUAAAACAGCCACAGUCUCAGGAGAUACCAUUCCAGAAGUCAACAUCUGAGGUGGCACAAAUCCAACAGCAAUUGACACAAGAGGUGCAAAUCCAACAGCCACUGCCUCAGGGGGCAAAAAUCCAAAAACCACAACCUCAGGAGGCACAAAUACAACAGCCAAUGCCGCAGGGGGCAGAAUUCCAACAGCCUCUGUCUCAGGAGGAACAGUUCCAGCAGCCUCCACUCCAGCUGCCACCAACACAACAGCAGCCACUUCAGAUAUCACCACCACAGCAAUUAUUACUUCAGCAAUCACCACCACAACAAGUAUUCCCUCAGCAGCCACCACCGGCACAGCAGCAACAAUCACUUCAGUCAUCACCACCACAUCAACUAUUACUUCAACAGUCACCUCCCCAGCAGCUAUUAUUUCAGCAGUCACCUCCCCAGCAGCUGUUACUUCAGCAGUCACCUCCACACCAGUUACUACUUCAGCAGUCCCCCGUACAGCAGCCUUUACUGCAGCAGACAUCACCGCAACAGCUGUUACUGCAACACUCGCCACCACAGCAAAUACUAGUCCAACAGUCUCCACAGCAGAUAACAUCAUCCCAGAUGCCUGGAGAAACCCUAACAACUACUCUAAUACAAUCACAAGGUGUACCUGCAGACAAUGUCGCUUUCUUAACAACUGCCGAUGUGGCUGACUACAUAAAGGAAAUGACUGCUGAAAUGACUAGUGAGGUCAAAUCUGAAAUCAGAGAUAUGGUGUCGCAGGUGGAUGAGUUGUUAGCAGACAAUACUGAGGGAAGAAUCUCUGACUCUUCAGCAUCACCCUCCUCAGCCAAUGGCUCACUGUUAUCUCCUCAGCAGACUGAACAGAAAAAUAUCACUGGGCCCCUGGCCCCUGUAUCGGAGAGUGAUACUUCAACAUCUCCUGAUGAGCCGCCAUCCAGCAGCAUCCAAACGAUCAGCGAGCCAAUGUCAGAGUCGAUAAGUGAGCAGGACUCUACCUGUAACCCCGAAAGUAUUUCCCAGAAGGUGGCAACUGACCAAAAACUUGAAUUACACGAAUCGGCAGGUGCCACAGCGGAAUCAUCUGGGACUGCUCCCCAGUCAAGUGAAUGUUCGAGUGACGAAACGGUCAUACAUGUACUCAGAGGUGAAACCCAGUCACAAGAUUCUGGCAUCAAUCUUACAUCACACGAGUCUGACUCAGGUUCCCCAGUGCCAAGUACGGGGUCUUUCUCUGGUGGCAUGGUAGCGGAAGCAUGCCGAGCUGCAGCUGCUGAGAGACAGCGUGAAGCUUUAGAAGCUGCCGCGGGGAUCCUAGGAGGACCACCAGUCGCUCGCUGGCACUGUCCUCCAAAGUCCAUCUGGAAGCCUGCUGUGGAGGCUCUGCAGGAGUUUGACAUGGUGCGUGAUGGAGACCGUGUGAUGGUGUGCCUCUCUGGUGGCAAGGAUUCUCUCAGCCUCUUACACACACUCCACCAGUAUCAGUUCUAUGCAAAGGCAAAGGGUGUGAAUUUUACACUUGGUGCUGCAACUGUUGAUCCAGGUAGCCCUGCUUAUGAUCCAAGGCCUCUCAUACCUUACCUGGAGGCCUUAGGAGUACAUUAUCUUUAUGAAGAGCAGAAAAUACUAGAUCAGGCAGCCAUGCUGGAUAAAUGUACAUCAGUGUGCAGCUUUUGCAGCAGAAUGAAACGUGGUCGACUGUAUGCUGCUGCUCGUAUGAAUGGGUACAAUGUUCUUGCUCUUGGGCAGCAUCUAGAUGACAUUACAGAGAGUUUUCUCAUGUCUGUGUUUCACAAUGGGAGGCUGCGUACUAUGAAGGCACAUUACUGGAUAAGAGAACGUGAUCUCAGAGUUAUUAGACCAUUCAUUUAUGUGCGAGAGAAAUCCUUGAGACAGUUUGCUGAGUCCAGAAACCUACCUAUAAUACCUGAAAAUUGCCCAGCUUGUUUUGAAGCACCAAAAGAGCGGCACCGCAGCAAGCAGUUGUUAGCCCAACAAGAAAUACUGUUUCCAAAGCUAUUCUGGAGCUUACGUUCUGCACUGCAUCCACUCAUCAGCUUUCGACAAACGGGAGAAGAAAGUAAAGCUUAUGCUCGACAUCGUAAACAUAGCUCCAAUAUGAUGGAACGAGCGCAAGAUUCCUCAGAAAGUGAAGAGGAAGCUGUUCCAUGAAAUUGUUAAUUCAGCAUGUUGAGAUGUCUACAGACUGUGGAAUUGACAGAGAUUCUAUAUGACUGCAACUGAUGACAGCAGGUUAAGAGAUAUUUGUACUGAGGAGGGAGAAAUAUAAACAUUUUCUCUUUUUAUCCUGUUUAUUCAGCUGCCUGUUAUGGAUUGUGCUGACAGCUGCAUAAACAGUACAUAUUUUAUUUAUAUUUUCAUUUCA